CUUCAAGUAAAGCAGCAAAUAAGGAAUUGGAACGUAUCGAUCAAUUCUUUCAUACAUAUGCCAAUACUUCGUCUGGUAUGAUUGACCCGGAAGGAAUUGAGUUUCUUUGUUCUGAUUUGGAAGUCGAACAUACCGAUGUCAGGAUAUUGAUGCUUGCAUGGAAGAUGCAGUCUGAAAAACAAGGAUACUUUUCACUGGAUGAGUGGCGGAGGGGCCUCAAAGCAUUAAGAGCUGACACAGCACAGAAAUUGAAGAAAGCACUUCCAGAACUUGAGAAGGAGGUUAGAAGGCCAUCAAAUUUUGUGGAGUUCUACUCCUAUGCGUUUCAGUAUUGCUUGACAGAGGAGAAGCAGAAGAGCAUAGACGUCGAGAGCAUUUGUCUCCUGCUUGAUCUCGUUUUAGGGUUUGAAUUUCGACCCCAAGUUGACGCGCUUGUUCAGUAUUUGAAGACGCAGACUGAUUACAAGGUUAUAAACAUGGAUCAAUGGAUGGGAUUUUAUAGGUUUGUUAAUGAGAUUAGCUUUCCAGACUUAAGCAAUUAUGACCCCUUCCUUGCGUGGCCUCUGAUCCUGGAUAAUUUUGUCGAGUCACUGAGAGCAAAGCAGGGCUAAGAACGCUGCUGUUUGGCAUGUCACUGUGUGCACCAAAUAUUAUUCAUUAAUGCGAAGAGUCGUUCAAGUCAAGCUGCGCAUACUAUUGUUUGGAAAUGUUUUUUUUCCUUUCCUUUAUUCCCCCUCCCCCUUUCCCGACUUGUAUGCUAAGAUAAGAUAUGGAAUGGUAAGUGGAGCUAUUCUUCAUACAACUACUCUUAUUCAACAUAAAUAUAUAGAUAGUUACUCUUA